AUGUUCUCUUCAAUUACAAGACGAAAGCCUUGUUUGCAACGAUUUCGAUUUUUUUCACAAGCUAUCUUGACUCCGGCCGAUUAUAAAAAGGUUUUAGUUUCGUUUCAUAGCCUUUUGAUUUUGUCUUUGAUUUUUAAUUUCUUAUGCGUCGACUUUUCAGAAUGAGAAAAACCCACUCAAAAAGUUUAUCGUUGAUAAAAUUCGCACAUCGGGACCCAUCACAGUCGCCGAAUAUAUGAAGACAGUCGUCUCUGCCCCAUCCGUCGGCUAUUAUGGACAGUUUUCUGAAAGGCAACAGGUUUUUCAUGAAAAUAAAUGGCAUUAGCGGUUUUUGAAGGUUUUAUUUGAAGGUUUUUGGCGCGAGCGGAGACUUCAUCACGGCUCCAGAACUUACACAGCUUUUUGGCGAGAUGAUUGGCGUAUGGUAGGCUUCAAUUAAAAUUGCUCAAAACUCAAUGAAAAAAAUUUUUUAGGGUUUUUCACGAAUUGGCGAAUACUGGUCACCGUGGAAAAUGGCAAUUAGUCGAGUUAGGACCUGGUCGCGGUCAACUUAUGCGUGACAUUCUGGAAUCGUUGGACAAGUUCCAGGUAUUUUUUAUCAUACUAUUUGGAAAUAUUACGAAGUUUUGAAGGAUCGGGACGUGUCUGUACAUCUCGUAGAAACUUCCGAUGCUCUUAUUCAAGAACAGGAACGUACGCUUUGCGUCGACAAUUCUACUCAACCAAAAGGUUCAUUUUGAAGCGAUUUUUCGUGCCUUUCUCAAAGUAAUUUUGCGAAAAUCAGGAUUCUCUCUGACUUUCCAAUAUUUAGUUACAAUUUUCACUCCCUGGCGGAAGUUUUCUCAAAACUUUCUCCAAUUAGAUAUCAUAGAAAGUCUUUUCAUAAUUCAAAAAACUUUUGGGGUCUCUAUUUUACCGUUUUCUUCCAUCGAAAUGUCUAUGUUUUCAUUAAAAAUUUUUUUUCUUACAGCUUUUUUUCUGCAGAUACGCCAUACGUUCGAAAAAAUAAAUCGCGGACCGGAGCCGACGUUUUCUGGUACAAAUCAAUUGAUGAAAUACCAGAAGGUGUAAGUUUCAAUUCAAUUUUUUCACCUUUAAACCGAUAUAACUUGAAUCUUUCAAUUUUAGUUCACUGUUUUCGUUGGAAACGAAUUUCUCGAUGCUCUGCCCAUACAUCAGUUUCAACGAGGAAACGACGAUUUGUGGCGCGAAAUGUCCGUUUUUUUCCUUUAUAUGAAUAAUCAUUACUCCAUUUUCAGCUAUGUUAAUAUAGAUUCAACCGGGGAUUUAUGUCUGAUGCAGUCAAAGAGCGAAAACUUGCACACGAAGUGAGGUUGCAGCGUGAAAUGAAAUGUUUUUCAUUGGUUUCCAGAGGACUUUUGCCGGAAACUAUCAGAGAUGAUAAAAAUCGUAAGACGUGGGAGUGUUCUCCAGAAGCUGGAACCGUCGUUAAUCAAAUCGCUGAGAGGUUAAUUUGUAUAAAAAUUUUUUUGAGAGAAUUUAAAUUUUUUUCGGUGGAAUUAGUAUUUGCUUACUUUGAAAAAAAUAGGUUCUAUUAAAAAACAGCCUUGGGAACUUCAAUUUCCUUUCUUUCUAAGCUAUUUUCAUAAUUCAAACAAAGAAAAAAAGCCGUUCACGGUUGAAGUAAAAAAAAUUUUUCAAGUUUCCGUUCUCCCUUUUUUUCUCAUUUUCAGUGAUUAGUUUUAAGGUCAAAAAGAUAAAUUUGAAGAGUUAAGAGUUCAGAGAAAGUUUUUUUAUUUAAAACUUUUUUAGUUUUUACUUUUUAUUUCAAAGCCUUAUUAAGCCUAAUUCUUCGUUUCAGAAUUGUUUCCUCUGGCGGAUUUGGUCUUUUGGUAGACUAUGGACAUGAUGGAAGUCGCAAUACUCAUUCCUUCCGCGCCUACAGUAAACAUAAACAGGUUCUUUUUUUGAAAUGUAAAUGUUUUUUCUCUCAUAAAAAAGUCAAAAAAUUAAGAUUUUUUUUUAGGUCUCUCCAGUAUCUGAUCCUGGCCGUGUUGAUCUUACCGCUGACGUCGAUUUUGGGUACUUGAAAAGCUUGGUUUCGGAUCGAACCGUUGUCUAUGGGCCGACGUCUCAAAGGUUUGUUAUACAUUGGACUAUUUCAAACUUCUCAUUUCUCAGGGAAUUUUUACUGCAGUUGGGUAUUGAGCAUCGGUUGCGGCGGCUUCUGAAGACGUGUUCGGAUCGUCAGAAGCAGGAAAACCUCAUCAGUUGGUUUUGAGACACACUUUUGCAGAACGAUUAGAAUAAACUGACUGAAUUGAUAAUUAUUUUUUAUUUUCACAAUAUAUUUUUUCGUUCCUGAAAGUCCUGAAGGUUUUUUUUUUCUCAUUUUUUAAGGAUGUUAUGCUAAAUUUGGCAGUUUUUCAUUUUGUUAUCAUCAUUUUCCGGCUUUUCCCGUACUCUAUUCUCUCUCAUCAUUCGGGUGCGUCUCGAAGUCAUGAAACGGUUCAGAAUCGUACAAUAUGUUGAUGGGCGACAUGGGCGAGAAGUUCAAGGCGAUGGCUCUGUUCCCGAAGACGUUGACGUCGAUUCUGGAAGCGCGAGGCGGCGCCGUCGGAUUCGUGACGGCAGAAUCGAAGACGAAAGCCAAAGAAGCUUCUCAGAAGGCGUCACAGGACGAUAAGAAAUAG